AUGAUAAACCUUCCUCAGGAAUGCGAGGAUCUGAGAAAAGAAAACAAGUACUUAUCAAAUGAGAUCCACAUGGAGAGGAUCAUGAUGCGCACAGAGAGUGAGCUGACCAUGAGGAACCUCAGGAACCUGAACCAGGAGCUGCAGGCUCAAGUCAAAGAGUAUACACCCACCUCUCUCUCUGACCCCCAUCAGCUGAAACAGAAGCUGUAUCAGAGCCAGCAGAGGGCGACGUUGUGCUCACGAGCUGCAGGUGAGGCAGAGGAGUCCAGAGGGGAUGCGGAGAAGAGCAGGGCCCUAGCUGAGGCUCGGGCCCUCGGGUGUCAGAGGGACAAGGAGGUAGCAGAGACUGACAGGAGCCGCCUGAGUGAAGAACUACAGCAGCUUAAAAAAGAACACACUGGUCUGCAGCUUUUACUAGCACAAACAGAGAAGAGUUACUUUGAAACCAAGCUGAAGCUGGACCGGGUGUCUGGGGAGAAGGAGGCCCUGCUGCAGGAAAACAGGAGCCUGGAGGGAGACAGAGAUGAUCUCCGACACAAGCUGAGACAGAUCACAGAGGAAAAUGUCCAAAUUAAAGAGAGUGAGAUGAAUUCGAGGCGCAGAGCGAUGGUGUCAGAGGAGGAGAGCAAAAAGGCCAAUCAGGCUCAGCGGGAGGCUGAGGUCGAGAGGCGUCUGGCUGAGAAGGAGAGGCAGGAGAGAGCGGCCGAGUGUCUCAGCUGGAGGGAGAAGCACCGGGAGUUAGCCAACAGGUUCAGAGCUCAGGAGGACCUGAAGGCUCUGAGGCUGAACAAAGCAUGUCAAGCCAACAUCAAGAGCUAUUUUCUCUGCAUGACAGAAAGCGAUCAGAGGGUCAAAAUUCUCAAAAAUCAAGACGGCACCCCAAGAAAUUUUACGGAGGGAGACCCCGUGUAUAUCUCCACCCCUGAGUCCAGUCCUGAAGAGCCUGAAAGGAGUUCAUCCAGGACCAUGUUCAGGGUCUCUGCCCCACACACGGGGAGGGAUCUGGGUCCGAGUCACUUCGAUGAGCUGCCUGCCUUCGGAGGAGAGCGACCUGACUCUGGCCCUCAACGCAGAAGCAGGAAGGUGGUGGAAUACUUCUGGAUCCCUACAGACCAGGAAUAGGCAACAAUUAACAAAGAAGGAUGAAACAUGCCUUGCUCGGUCAUGACAGCAGGCAGAGGAGACUUUUCACAGUUCUUUAUGACGUACAGAGGAGCAGAGGAAAUGAUUGUUGGGGAAAAUGCUGAGAUGAAAUGACAGACACCCAAACCUCCAGUCCCUGGUCCACCUUUCCAACAUGCCAGCCUGCAAUCUAUCGCCAUACAGCCUCAAUCAAGUCCACCUGCCACCAGUCAUACAGUAAUACAUCCUUCCCAGUUUUCAUACUGAGCUGGAAUCCAUCUAAAAAUCUAACUUCUACUUCUUCUUGCUCUUUACAUUUUUACCAGUCUCAAUAGUUCCUAUUUUGCUCUCAUCAUGAGUGACUCUGUGGUUUGAAUUUACGAUUAAAAAGAGAAAUCUGGGAGUGGCGCAUUAAUAAAUGCUCACCCCUAUCUCCACUACUUUCCACAUGCUCUUCAGCAAGGCUUCAAAAGU